UGUCGAUUUUCAUUUGCUUUCAUUGUCGUUUGAUUAUUUAGCCUAGCACACAUUAGUUCCAGUUAUUUUCGAAAAAAUUCCAAAAUUUAAGUGCGCGGCUUCUGACUAGAAGCUCACUUUGGAGUCCAGGUGCUCAGGAAUCGUAUCGAAGGACCAUGAUGAAGCCCAACCGAAUCCGUGUGAUAGUCAGAUGCAGCGCAGCCCGUUCCCUUCUUGGUGGAGACAUCGUGUCCAGGAUCAUCGGCCGGCACAAGUGUAGCUGCCUGACCCUCGAGAAUACGUUCAAGUGCUACGACCUGGAGACGGGACCAACGAUGGACGUGGAGCUCUCGAGGGAGGACGCCCUGUCGAUGUACACGAAGAUGCUGGAGCUGCGGCGUUUCGAGACGGUGGCUGGGAACUACUACAAGCAGCGCCAGAUCCGUGGUUUCUGUCACUUGUACACGGGCCAGGAGGCGGUGGCCGUGGGUAUGAAGGAGCGAUUGCGGCAAUGCGACUCGGUGAUCACGGCCUACCGAUGUCAUGCCUGGACCUAUUUAAUGGGCGUCUCCCUGUACGAAAUAAUGGCCGAAUUGUUGGGUUUCCGCACCGGGUGCAGCCGGGGCAAAGGUGGCUCUAUGCACAUGUACGGCGAGAAUUUCUACGGCGGCAAUGGCAUAGUGGGUGCCCAGGUGCCAGUGGGUGCCGGCAUUGGCCUGGCCCACAGCUAUAAGAAUGACAAUGGCGUUUGCGUUGUGCUCUACGGCGAUGGUGCCGCCAAUCAGGGCCAGGUCUUCGAGUCCUUCAACAUGGCGAAACUGUGGUGUCUGCCGUGUAUUUUCGUGUGCGAGAACAAUCACUAUGGCAUGGGCACACACGAGAAACGCGCCUCGGCCAUGACGGAGUUCUAUAUGCGGGGUCAGUACAUCCCAGGACUGUGGGUCGACGGCAAUCAGGUGCUCGCCGUUCGCAGUGCCACCCAGUUUGCCGUGGAUUAUGCUUUGAAGGAGGGACCCAUAGUCCUGGAGAUGAGCACCUAUCGCUAUGUGGGACAUUCCAUGUCGGAUCCGGGCACCUCGUAUCGCUCAAGGGAUGAGAUCCAGGCGGCCAGGGAGAAGCACGAUCCGAUCACCAGUUUUCGCAGUCAAAUGAUCGCCUUGUGCCUGGCCGACGAGGAGGAGCUGAAGAUGCUCGAGGACAAGACCAAAAAACGUGUGGAUGAGGAGUGCAAGAAGGCUGCCGGCGACAAGGAGGUGGAGCUGCAGGAGCUCAACACGGAUGUGUAUGCCAAGAAUGUGGAUCGUAAGAUACGCGGCGUUUCCGGUUACCAUCUGGAGCACAUCCGGCUGUCGGAAGUGUGCUUUGGCAAGCCGCGCAAGACGCCGCUCAGCGAGAUCAACGAUGUGCCAGUGGGUGCGGCGAUUGAUUUGGCCAAGGCCAAGGAGCGGAAGGCAGCCCAGGAUGCUAAGGAUGCCAAGGAGGGCAAGGCUGGCCAGAAACCUAAGGACCCCAAGGACCCCAAGGCUGCCAAGGAUUCGAAGGGAGGCGAUGGCGAUAAGAAGGCUAAGCCACCGGCUGCUGGGGAUUCAAAACCACCCACUGCUGCUGCUAAAGCACCAGCCGCCAAAGCACCACCCGCUAAAGCACCACCCGCCAAAGCACCACCCGCCAAAGCACCACCCGCCACUAAAGCACCUCCUGCUAAAACCCCACCUGCCCCCAAGUAAUGUCCCAUCGGAGUUCUCCACCAAGUUGAAAGUUUGGCAAAAGGGCCUUAGUUGAUUUCUAAACCAAAAAAAUACGUUAUAAAAAGUUUAAAAACGAUUUCAAAAUAUUGUUGUGCAAAUUAAAGAAAAUAGUUAUGAACCGCAGUAAA